UGUGAUAAGCAGUAACAAAGUGAUAUAAAGAGGAAGGAGAAGAGCCUAGUAACACAGUACUCGCGAUGUAUUCAUCAAGCGUGUUCUUCCUUCUGGCUAUUUUGAUUAGCGUGUCGGUCCACGCUUUUCCGAUUGAAGAGGUCGACAAUGUAGACCCGGAAAUAGGAAUUUCAGUCAUCCAAAGUAACAAGAGGGAUCUAGAGCCUUUUGCGAACGACGAGUACACUGAUCUUCUACUUAAUACGCCUGAUGACGUUCCGGAAGAGAUUUUAAAAUCAAAAGUGAGGAAGAAUGGUCUGCCCGAAGUAUCCAACGAAGACUCCAAAGAAUUUCCUCCUGUCCUUGUGGCCGCGAGUGAACACCAUUCAAAUUCACCAAGCAGUGAAUCUUCAGAAUCCUCAGAAUCCAACGAGGGAUUAACGAGGCUACGACGUUCUGACAGCAAACACGACCAUAACGACUGUAGCUGUAGCAGCAGCAGCAGCAGCAGCAGCAGUAGUGAAUCAUCCGAAAAGGUAGAGAAAAAAAAGUGCAAAGAUGACGACGAUAAUGACAAAAAUGAUGACGAUGACGAAAACAGCGAUACCCAGAAAGAAAGCAUAAAACAUAAGAAUAAAAAGGACGUUGAUGAGGAUAGCAGCAGCAGCAGCAGCAGCAGCAACAGUUCAUCUUCAUGAAGGUCAUGAAAAUCAUCUUCGAAAAAUCACUGAUGAUUUUUUCAAAAAAUAAAUAAGUGAACAUUCACGGCAAAUCUUAGACUAUUAGUUGAUAAGAGAUAAUUUAACAAAAUCUGUGUAUGUCCAGAGUAAAAAAAAAAUGCAGAUUGAGGAUUGUCCAAUGGCUGACGGAAAUGGAUUAUCGAGUAACGAUACCUAGAAUGAAGAACCUAAUAAAGGUACUGCAGAGAAAAGA